CGGCGAGCCCGCCCCGCCAACCACGCCCCCUCCCCAGCUCUGUUCCCCGCAGUUGAAGCUGAGCGCCUGGUGGAGCGGAGCGGAUAGUCAGGUCAGCCAUGUCAUCUGAGCCUCCUCCUCCAUCCCAGCCCCCCACCCACCAGUCCUCGGCUGGGCUGCUGGACACCCAACAGGCCCGGGAUCGCUCACCGUCCCCGCUUCGGGGCAACGUGGUGCCGAGCCCACUGCCCACUCGCCGCACCAGGACCUUCUCAGCGACGGUGCGGGCCUCCCAGGGCCCGGUCUACAAAGGAGUCUGCAAAUGCUUCUGUCGGUCCAAGGGCCACGGCUUCAUCACCCCGGCUGACGGCGGCCCCGACAUCUUCCUGCAUAUCUCCGACGUGGAGGGGGAGUAUGUCCCCAUGGAAGGCGACGAGGUCACCUAUAAGAUGUGCUCCAUCCCGCCCAAGAACGAGAAGCUGCAGGCCGUGGAGGUGGUCAUCACCCACCUGGCGCCGGGCACCAAGCACGAGACCUGGUCCGGCCACGUCGUCAGCUCCUAGGAGCGGCCGGAGGCACCGUGGCUCCCUGGCUCUCGGGAGGCCCCGGGGCAGGAGGAGGCAGGACCAGACGGGAGAGGACAACUGUGCAGCUUGAGAUGGGGCGUCGGAAAGGGGGGGAGCGAAGUCCCUGUCAAGUGUCUCCUGGAGGAAGGGGCUGGAGACCGGGGCGGGCACGGGGGUGCCCUCGGCCACCAGCACAGCCUCCGACCACCGACCACCGCAACCAACACCUCACCAUCUGAAAAACAUUAAAAGCAUUGAAAAAGGAGAGGCGCUCCCUGGUGGCUGAGUGGAGGGUCUGAGCCCCGCCCAGGGGCCUGGUCAGGCGGCUUCCCUGGCCCGCAGUCCCUCCCACAACCCCCGCCCCCACUGCCCCCCCCAUCCCACCCCCCGCCCCGGAAUUGAAGGCUGAGAAUCCCCAAUUGGUCCUCUGGAUAGUGACAUGGACCCUGAGUGAUUUCCCAGGAAGAAUUUUCACCCAAGUGUGUGCACCAUCCCGCCCUCCGCCCCCAAGCGUGAGUCUCUCCUUGGCCCUGGGCAGAGCAGACUUUUCUGGUUCUGAGCUGGUUGUUCCAAGGGGCUGGGGGCAGGGAGCGCGGGGGUCUUCGUGUCUCUGCAGCAGGAGGUGAAACUGGGUGUCUGGCAGCCCUGAGUCCUCCAUGUGGCAGCCGUGUGCUCAGAGGCGAGUCCUCAUUCUCUUUGAAGCCUGGUCCUGUCUGUCUGUGGUUGAGCAAUCCUGGCUCAGCCACCCAUCCGGGAGGUGGUGGGGAGGGGUGGGGACUGUGGAGACCGGGAGGGUGUUUGUUUCCAAAGGGAUCUUUCUUGGGAUCCAUCUAGAAAAGAGCAGGUGGUUUGCUACCUGGGAGCCUGGUGAAGUCACAAGUUGAAGGAGAAAUAGGCCUUUGGUGGAGUUUUCUAGAAAACUGGUGUGAACUGCUUAGGAUUUUUUUUUCCUUUAAGAACUCAAGCUCUCGCCGGAGCCAGUUCUGUUUGCACUUUGCUGUUGACAUUGCAGACUUGCAGACCUUUGUGGAUAUUUCCAGUAAACAGAUCCUUAAGGCUUUCCUUUGGUGUGGCUUGGUUCAGCUUUAGUUGUGAUUUAAAAAUAGAAAUAGCUGGGAAAUAUGGGAAAAACAUGUUUCACACAUCUUGAAAUAUGUGGCCACACCCAUGAAAUAUGUAGUCAAGGGUCCAUUUGGCAAUACAGGGAGGCGCGAGCCCUUGAAAGAUAGUGGGGCCUCAUCCAGUGUAUCUGAAUUUCUGCGAGGGGGCCAGAGGCCAGAGCUAUUUUGCUGAGGACCAGUGGAGUUGUGUGUGUUUUUUUAAGUAUAACUGAUCUACAACACAAUCUUAGUUCCCCGUGCACAACACAGCGAUUUGAUAUUUCCAUACAUCACGAAAUGACUACCGGAGUUGUUUUUAAGUAGGCUAGUAAGUGUUGGUUACGAGUGCGCAGUGAAACGUCACAGUUAAGGAAGCUGAUCUUUUUUCCCGGCCUUUCGUGCCCCCUUGAAGGGUCUUCCCCACUCUACCUUCUGCUGGUCCACAGUGGCCGUCUCCCCUCCAGCCUUGGGCGGUCCCCAGGUGGCCCCCAGAGACCCCUGUCUGUUGGGUAUGGACCACACUUUGAGUGAAGUCACCUGGAGACCCAUCCUUGAGAUUGAGAGCCUGCGUCUUUGCCACCCGCUCCCUCAGGCGACUCCACUGCCUUGCCCUCACCCUGGUACAAGGUUGGUCCUCCAUGUGACCUCAGCAGCCUGCUAGUGGGCUGGAAGUCGGAUCUGCUCCUCCAGGUGACGUGUGGGUCCUGUCUCUGGGAGACUCCUUUGUAAAUGCUCCAUUCUCACUUUGUGUCCUGAGGGCUGGAAGGGACCCCUCCACUGAAACCACAAUCUCAGUUAUCCCAGAGGCUCUGGGAGGAUGGAUGGUGUUCACGACCGAGCUGGGGACAGAAUCCGGAUUCCUGACUCCAGGUCUUUCCUCUCACCAGCACCUUUCUCAAUAAAUGGUUUUGCCAGA